CCCAUUGAUUCUUUUCUUGUUCACGCUCUACGUUUCCUCUUCCUUUUGAUCCCCAAUCGAAAAUAGACCAUGAUCAGAUUCGACUAGUUUCUUCAUAUUUAAAAGAAGAAACAAAUUAACAAAUGGCGAUUUCUGUUGAUUGGUCUGAUUUACCACCAGAAAUGCAUGAAACAAUCGCGAAAAAGCUAAAAGUCCAAAAAGAUUACGUUAGAUUUCGAGCUGUUUGUUUAGCUUUUCGUAAUGCAACACCUAAAAUCCCUAAACAUUUGCCUUGUCAACUCCCAUGGUUAAUGCUUCCUAAAAGCACAAAUCUAGAACAACCUGAUUUGAUCAAUACUCGAAGCUUUUUAAGUAUUUCGGAUAACAAAAUUCAUCUUGUUAGUUUGCCUGAAGAUUCAGAUAGCCACCGUAGAUGUGGAUCAUCGUACGGAUGGCUUGUGAUCCUUGACGAAACUCCCUUGAUUUCUAUAAUAAACCCUUUAACCAAAGCAAAACAAUGCCUUCCUCCAUUGUCAUCUUUUCCUAAUGUAACAAGUUUUGCUCCUAAUGAUAUUGGAAGAGAAUACACUCUCAAAACAUUAGAUGAUGAUGUCUAUACAUGUAACGCAAAAGAAAUGCGCGAUUUUUAUAUCAAAAAAGUGGUUUUUUCUUCUAGUCCUUCUAAUGAGGAUGUGGACUAUUAUGCAUUAGCUAUACUAAACCAAACGGGUGAUCUUGCUUAUUGUAAAAAGGGGGAUCAAUGUUGGAAGCUUAUCGACGAAGCAAAUUCGUUUUGUGAGGAUGUGGUUUAUUACAAAGGGUGUUUUUAUGCCGUGAGUAAACACGGGACCAUUGCAAAAUGUGACGUUAAUAGGGACUCUCCAAACGUGUCGUUUAUCGAAACUCCAAGACAAGUUGGGGGUGAUAUGCAAUAUUUAGUGACAUGGAAAGACGAAUUGUUGUUAGUGACUAGAUAUACAGAGUUAGAGUUCAACAUGGAUCAAAACAAGCUUGAUAUUGUGUAUAAAACUACUGAGUUUCGUGUGUGUAAGCUUGUUUUGAAUGGACCGAAAUGGGAAAGUAUGAGCGAGUUAGACGGAUGGGCGUUGUUUCUAGGAGAAAACUCGUCGGUUGCGUUUUGUGCUGCUGAUUUUCCUGGUUGUAGAGGGAAUUGUGUAUAUUUCACAGAUGAUUAUUCAGAAUGGAAUUAUGAUGGUGCUAAUGGGAAUCAUGAUUUGGGUGUUUAUGAUUUGGAAAAUUGUAGGGUUGAAGCUUUGCCUUGUGAUCCCAAUAACUUGUACAAUGGACGUCAAUGGCCUCCCCCAAUUUGGUUUACUCCAAGUCUAUAUUGAU